AUGCCGAGUGUGUGCCAUCAGGUCCUGGUGCUGGCAAGUAGCGCUACUUUGGCCACCAUGGGGACUCUGAAUUUGUGCUCACGGAAUCCUUCCAGUUACGGGAACAGCAGCAACAACAUAGGUCCCCACCUGCCCGCACGCGUCGCUUGGUUCCUGCAGGAGCUGCCUGCCUUCGUGGUGUCGGUAGGGAUGCUCGCUUGGCAGCCCCGCUCCCUCUUCGGACCACCAGGGAAUGUGCUGCUGAGUCUCUUCUCCGCACAUUAUUUCCACAGGACAUUUAUUUAUGGUUUGCUCACCAGAGGGAGGCCUUUCCCAGUGUUUGUAUUUUUGAAAGCCGCUGCCUUCUGUACAGGGAAUGGAGUCCUCCAAGCCUACUACCUACUUUACUGCGCGGAAUACUCGGAGUCGUGGUACACGGAUGUUCGGUUCUGCUCCGGCGUCUUCCUAUUUAUUCUGGGAAUGGGAAUCAACAUCCACAGUGACUGCAUGCUGCGGCAGCUCAGGAAGCCCGGAGAAGUCGUCUAUAAGAUCCCACAAGGUGGCUUGUUUACGUAUGUUUCUGGAGCCAAUUUCCUGGGUGAGAUCAUUGAAUGGAUGGGCUUUGCCCUGGCCACUUGGUCUGUUCCUGCCCUCGCCUUUGCAUUUUUCUCCCUUUGUUUCCUUGGGAUGCGAGCUCUUCACCAUCACAGGUUCUACAUCAAGAUGUUUAAGGAUUAUCCCAAAUCUAGGAAAGCCCUUAUUCCGUUCAUCUUUUAAAGAACCCCAAUUUUAAGGAGCAAAGCUUCUAAGAGGAAACUACC